UCUGCAUCGACCCCUCUACGGUUGGAUCCGAGGUUCUGAGAGAGAGCUCAGAAUCAUUUUUACUUUGCACAAGAAAGCUGAAAUCACUCACUUGGAACAGAUUCCGCGGCCAUGGCUCUCAAUCUUCGCCAAAAGCAGACAGAAUGCAUUGCUCGAAUGCUGAAUCUGAACCAACCCGUGAACGCAACGGGUACAGCAAAUGAAGACGUUUACAAGAUCUUAAUCUAUGAUAAGUUUUGCCAGAACAUUCUCUCCCCAUUGAUCCACGUCAAGGACCUUCGAAAACACGGUGUCACUCUCUACUUUCUAAUUGAGAAGGAUCGGAAGCCUGUCCAUGGCGUGCCCGCUGUGUAUUUUGUCCAACCCAAUCAAGCCAACAUUCAGCGGAUCGUUGUUGACGCGUCCCGGUCACUCUAUGAUAGUUUCCACAUCAAUUCCUCUUCCUCUAUUCCCCGCCCGCUACUUGAAGAUCUUGCAUCGGGGACUUUGAAUUCAGAUUCGAUUAAUCGGAUUUCAAAGGUGCAUGAUCAGUAUUUGGAGUUUGUGACAUUGGAGGAUAGCUUGUUUUCGUUGGCCCAGAAGUCCAGUUAUGUGCAAUUGAAUGAUCCCUCGGCUGGAGAUCGUGAGAUUGAGGAGAUAGUGGAGAGGAUUGUUACUGGGUUAUUCUGUGUCUUGGCUACACUAUCUGUGGUCCCAAUAAUUAGAUGCCCACGGGGUGGGCCAGCUGAGAUGGUUGCUUCUGCAUUGGAUCAGAGAUUGAGAGACCAUUUGUUGUCGAAGAGCAAUUUGUUUACAGAAGGUGGGAGUUUCAUGAGCUCUUUCCAGCGGCCCAUUUUGUGUAUAUUUGAUAGGAAUUUUGAAUUGUCAGUUGGGAUACAACAUGAUUUUAGGUACCGGCCUCUUGUUCAUGACAUUCUUGGAUUGAGGCUCAAUAGGUUGAGUGUGCAAGGUGAAAAGGGUGGGAUGAGGUCGUAUGAGUUGGAUAGCUCAGACCCCUUUUGGGUGGAAAAUGGGUCAUUGGAGUUUCCUGAAGUUGCGGUGGAGAUCGAGUCGCAAUUGAAUAAGUAUAAGAAGGAUGUUGAUGAGGUGAAUAAAAGGACCGGUGGGACUGAUGGGGCUGAGUUUGAUGGGACAGACUUAAUGGGCAACACAAAGCAUUUGAUGAAUGCAGUGAGCUCACUGCCUGAGUUGACAGAGAGGAAGCAGGUUAUAGAUAAGCACACCAAUAUUGCGACUGUUUUGUUGGGUGAGAUCAAGGAGAGGUCUCUUGAUUCUUAUGCGAAAAAGGAGAAUGACAUGCUGAUCAGGGGAAGCAUUGAUCGGAAUGAGCUCCUUGGUGUGCUCAGAGGGAAAGGGACAAAUAUAGAUAAGCUGCGGUUCGCUAUCAUGUAUCUGAUCUCUUCAGAAAGCAUUAAUCAGUCAGAUGUGGAAUCAGUGGAAGCUGCACUCAAAGAGUCUGAGGUUGAUACCAGUGCAUUUCAGUAUGUGAAAAAGCUGAAGUCGUUGAAUGCCUCAGUGGCAUCAGCAAAUUCAGCCAGUAGAAAUAACAUUGUUGACUGGGCCGAGAAAUUCUAUGCUGUGACAGCAGGUGUGAAGAAUCUGUUAUCAAGUGAUAGGCAACUGGCAUUGACAAGGACAGUGGAGCUCUUGAUGGAAGGGAAGCCGAACCCUGAAAUUGAUAGUUACCUUGUAUUUGAUCCUCGUGCUCCGAAGUCAAAUUCCAGUGGCAAUCAUUUGAGAGGACCUUUUAAGGAAGCAAUUGUGUUCAUGAUUGGUGGCGGUAAUUAUGUUGAGUAUGGGAGCUUGCAAGAGCUUGCACAGCGUCAGCAGCCUGUCAAACAUGUUAUAUAUGGAGCAACAGAAAUUCUCACGGGUGUGGAGUUUGUUGAGCAGCUUACACAGUUGGGACAUAAGAUGGGAUUCGGAAGUACUGCUACUGCUUCAGUUAGUUGAUAUGUAUGUGUUGUAACUGCUGUUUGAAUAUUGUUGUCUGGCACUUUAUACAUGGCAGAGGAGGCAGUGUGGGAAGUUAGGGACAUGAUAUGGCCAAUUGAAUAUAGAUUUGAAUAUCGAAUUCAUGUGGCUUUUGAUCUUUCAUAAAUUCAUCAUAAUGAGUAGAUUUUCACAA